AUGGAUUUUCUGCAUUCUCUGUUGGUUGAGUCCUGGGUUCUUUGGGUGUUGGGUGUCUUUGUGGUUGUCUGUCGACUUGCAUCUCGGCGACUGAAACUUGGAAAAUGGAGUCGUCUUGCUAUUGAAGACUUUUUGAUGGUAUUUGCGCUUGUCAACUUUACCGGAGUCGUGGUAUCGAUCAACGAAGUUGCCAAGAAUGGCAGCAAUUACAUGGCCCCAGAGGUCGCAGCAAAGCUCACACCCGAGGGCAAGAAACAAGCCGUCUUUGGGAGUAAGAUGACAUUUGUCCUCGAGAUCUUCGCCCUCACAGCCGCAUGGACGAUCAAAGCCUGUUUGCUUUUCCUCUACGCCCGAUUAACACAGGGAACUUCCAUCAAGCAGCGAUGGGCUGUGAGACUCGUUGCAGGCUUUUGCGCCCUUACUUAUGUCGUCGUCACCUUCAUGUUUGUGUUUUUCUGGUGCAACCCGACGGUUGAGUACUGGGCUGUGCCUGUGAACCCGGACAAGAUGCAAUGUGCGACUUACUACAACCAUAUGAUCUUUGCGACGGCUUGCAACAUCGCCAGCGACAUCAUGUUGAUCUUGCUUCCUAUUCCUAUCGUUAUUAACAUCAGUUUACCUAGAAAGAGAAAAUUCGGACUCUGCUGCGUCUUCGGCCUUGGCCUUUUCAAUAUCCUCGCAUCUGUCCUCAAUCGAUACUACAACUUCAGCAAUCCCAACUCCUACGUCUUCUUAUACUGGUACGUGGCAGAAAGCGGCGUCGCACUCUGGGUUGGAAACCUCCCGCUCUGUUGGCCCGUCAUUCGCCUCGCACUUGGAUCCAAAGGCGACACAUCGAACCCAUCUUCAUACCCAAACCCUUCAUACCCUGAGAACUCUGCUCGUCGAAGAACACAAGGCCGUCUCCCACUUUCCAGCAAGCCGUCAGUAUGGGCCAAGCUGGAGGAUGAGGAUGGCGUACGAAGUGACGCAUCACCCGAGCAGGGAAGUCAAAUUGAGCUUGUGGAACAACAUGGGCCGGAUCAGCAGCAGCAGCAGUACCAUGCGGAGGCUAAGGCUGGUAGUGGGAGUGGAGAUAAAUAUGAGCAUGGGGUGAGUGGUCAUAUUACGGUGGUCACGCAAGUGGAAGUUAGCUCAAAAAAGAAUUGA